AUGGCGAUGGAUGGCUUUCGUGUGAAAUGGGACCCAACUGUCCUCCAGUCGUUCUUCAAACAAGCUGACCAGAAUGGCAACGAGGCCGAGUCACCCAUCAAGCACUUUUUCAGCUGGAACGAGAUCAACUCGACGGGUCUCUCCAGAACCACUGGCGAAAGGUUCCUCCAUCUUUUCGGUUCUACCCUCGACCUUCUCGACGAACACGAAUGGCGCUUGGAGAGGCCUUUGGGGAGGGGAUCGUUCGGUGCGGCGGCCCUCUUUACGAAAUUGAAUGAGAGGGAAGAAAGAACCGACGCAUUCGUGUUGAAAGUCACAGACGCCAACCCCCAAGACUUCGUCCCAAUUACGGGAAAGAAGAUAUCUUUGACCAGGGAAGCUGCCAUCAUGGCGCAAACUAAUGAUCUCGAGUCCGACCACCUGGUGCGUCUUCGUCAGUAUAAAGUUGACCAGGAAUACUGCCGAUACUACCUUGAGUUCUGCGAGUUUGACACCCUGGAGACGCUGAGGCUGAGAUACAAAGCAUGGAAUAAAUACCUCCCCGAAGCCUUCCUCUGGCACACUUUCCACUUCCUGGCACAAGCCUAUCUUGACUUUAGCGCCGGACCGUUCAGGAGUCUGAAGUUCAACAAUUUUGGGGAGACCACGCCGGGGCAGUACCUUCUGCACAAUGACAUCAAGACGGAGAACAUCUUCCUGGGCAGGAAUCCGGGCAGACAAGAGGGAACGGCCUACUAUCCCGUGCCGAAGAUUGGUGAUUUCGGCUUGGCCGUCACCACCAAUGCCAAUGAACUCACACGAAAUACCGCCCAGCUCAUACAACAAGGCACGCAGUGUUGGAAAGCGCCGGAGCAACGUAUUCACCACAUGCAAGAUUGGCGUAAUUACUAUUUCAGCGAGGAUGUCAACCCUCGGUUUCCUUCCAACAGGAGCACGUCGCUGCACCGGGUCCGUCAUGAAGCCAACGUCUGGGCCAUUGGUGCCGUCCUGUGGAAUCUGAUGACGAUGGACGAGAUAGAGGUGCUGAGCGACAAAGUCGACGAUAUCUUGCUGUGCGAAGGGCCGGCCUGGAUGAGUUUCGAUGGGACGAAUGUCCUUAACGACGUCGACUCGGAAAUCAGUAACCGUUAUAGCCCUGAACUGAUCGAGCUCAUCCAGGAAUGCCUGAGCCUAAGACCUGGUGAUCGACCGCCACCGGACCGCUUGAUUCGGGACAUCGAGAGCAUGCAUCAGUCGUUUGCACGCGAGCAAGCGUCGUUUCCACAUAGACAGGAUUCGCCGCGGCCCAUGGUGGCCUUUGAUCCGAAAGAAAUCAACGCCUACCCCGACGGCGGCGCCAAUUUCAGCAAGCAAGGUCGCUUUUGGGACGAUUUCGCUGACCACCUCCUCUGGGGACCGGAAGAAUUGGAUCUGGUCUGUCCGCCAGAAGCACCGAACUCCCUGGACUUUGACACCGACUGGCCGCAGCCGCUCCGCACGAGAAUGACCGAGCGGUGGAAAGAAGCCGUGGAAAAGAGAGCCCGUCGGCCUGCUCAAAACGUCCACCAAGGGGGCACGUCUUCCCAGGUCCUGUAA